AUGAUUGCUAUCCUCUCAUUGCAUGAUGAGGUUGUUGGUCACCCUACUCAAGAGGAGAAGGAUUCUGCCAAAGCGUGGGUGGAGAAUCAAGUUUGUGCAGAAUGGAGAAAUGGGUGUUUGGCAGUUGACGGUACAAACAUUCCUCUCUUCCAAAAACCAAGCCACUUUGGAGAGACAUUCUUUGAUAGGAAAUCCAACUACUCUUUGAAUUGCCAGGCUAUUAUUCUUCCCCAUAAUCUCAAGAUCAUAGAUUAUGGUCUAGGGCAUAUAGGAAGCACUCAUGAUUCCUCUGCCUUCCAAGACACUCUGACAUCACAAAAGCAUAAAGACUUUCUGAACGAAGAUGAAUGGAUCUGGGCAGAUUCUGCAUACCCUAUCACAUCUUGGUGUGUAGCACCAUUCAAGCAGCCACCAGGUUGUAGCCUCACUACAAGGCAAUCUCAAUUUAACUACCAUUUAUCACACAUUCAUAUACGCUGUGAACAUGCAAUUGGACUUCUCAAGAUAUGA